AUGCAGGAGAAAAGAGAGAGAGGAUUAUCAGUCCGUUCUGCUAUAUUUCCUAUGGUUGGAUCCAUCAUGGGAUCAGGAGUACUUAAUCUGCCCCAGUCCGUUGAACUUUCGGGAUACUUAAUGUCUGGUCCGUUGUUAGCCUUUAUUUCAGCCGUUAGUGCUUUUACUCUAUUUCAAUUAGUCCAUUGUGCCAAGCAAUUAGAAGGGAAGGGAAGAGAACCUUCUUACUUUUUAGUAUGUAAGACUGCCUUUCCUGUCUUAGGAUACGCAGCUGAUGGUUUUAUUGGUAUUCAAGGCUUAGGAUGCUGCUUCUGCUACUUUUUGAUUCUCAAGAGUUGGAUUAGUAAGUUACUUGGCUGGGAUACGUACUUAGAACAAAACCUCCUUAUGAAUUUGAUCUUUAGUGCGGGUUUAAUGGCUAUACCUGGGUUUAUGGCUACUUUGAAGGACUUAAAGAAGUUGAACUUUGCUUCGGUACUUUGCACUAUUUCAGUGCUUUACUUAUCUUUACUGGUUUUAGUCUGUGGUGGUUUGGCUUUAUGGUUGCCGCCGGUAGCUAAAACUGCCGCUGAUUCUCCUUUACGGGCUUAUACAACUGAACCUUCUAAGCUUUUUGCUGCCUUAUCUAAGUACGUCUUUGCUUUGGGCUGCCAACAGAAUAUGGUGCGUGUUUUUAGCCUACUUGAUAGACCAACAGUUGGUAAUGGUGCUAAGGUAGGAGCUGGUGCAGUGGGAGUAGCUGCUUUUGUUUUCUUUUUAGUAUCUAAUGGUGGGUAUUUGGCCGGUGGUAACGGUCAAAAAGAAAGUAUCUUAGAUGUUUUGGAAAACAAAAACAAACCUUUUUAUCAGUUGAUUGUGAAGCAUAUUGGUGAAAAGUUCUUUUGGCUGGUUACUUUGGCUAAGAUAGGUAUGGCUACUGUUUUAUUUGCUGGCUACCCUAUUCAAAUGCAUCCAUCAAGGGAUGCUGUCCUGACCUUUGUGAGUUUAGGACUGAGUAAGUCAGUGGCUGCUCAUCGGCGCUGGUAUGAAGUUGGGGUGGUUGUUUUGGUUUCUUUAGCUAUUAUGUUGGGAUCUUUAACUUCUGUGCAAUAUUCGUUUGUUAUGUCUUUGAUAUCUACAACUGCAUCUUGCUACAUUAUGUUUGCUCUGCCUAGUAUUGCCUACUUAAUGUUCCCAAAGAAGACUCCUUUGUUCACGGGGAUUUCAGUAGCUAUUCUGGCCGGUAGUAUCCUAUUCAGUAUAAUUGGAACCAAAGAAGUAUUAGAAUCCGCUUAG